CAUUGUUAAGAAAGAUUUUCAACACUCAGUGUGUCAUUUCCCUUCUUCAUGUAUCAGAUGCUGAAAUACUAUGUGAUAAAGAUUUUACAUUUCAAUUGUAAAAAGUGGGAAGUGGAUAAAUCAGUUCAGCUGUCCUUAGGACAAACAGUAAAAGGUAUGGCACGGUGGGAUAGCUUUCCCGAUCAAGAUGGGGACACUGACAGCUGUUCAGAAUCUGUGAAGUUUGAUGCUCGAUCAGUGACAGCUUUGUUACCUCUCAGUUUUAAAAAUGGCCCUGCCUUUCCUAAGAAACUGAAGUCCGUGAAAGCUGCCCUGAUUGCCCUUUAUCUCGUUGUGUUUAUAGUUCUCAUACCCAUCCUUGGAAUAGUGGCAGCUCAACUCCUAAAAUGGGAAAGGAUGAAUUGCACAGUUGGUUCAAUUAAUGCUGAUGAUUCAUCUCAGAGUCUCAUGGGAAAAGGAAAUGACCGUGAAGAGGAUAUAAAAUUUCAAGAAGUUGUCACAGGAAACCUGAGCAGCAUGGAGAAAAGAAUCCAGUAUAUUUCAGAUACACAAGCCAAUCUCAUAGAUUCAGAGCAUUUCCAAAAUGUCAGUGUAAUGACUGAUCAAAGAUUUGAUGAUGUUCUUCUCCAACUGAGAACCGUGGCUUCCUCAGUCCAGGAACAUGGAAAUGAAAUAGACGAAAUCUCCAAGUCCUUAAUAAGUCUGAACACCACAUUACUUGCUUUGCAGCUCAGUAUUGAAACACUGAAUGGCAAAGUCCAAGAGAAUACAGUUAAACAACAAGAGGAGAUGAGUAAAUUAGAGGAGCGUGUGCACAAUGCAUCAGCAGAAAUUAUGUCUAUGAAAGAAAAACAAGCACAUUUGGAACAGGAAAUAAAAGGAGAAGUGAAACUAUUGAACAACAUCACUAAUGAUCUCAGACUGAAAGAUUGGGAACAUUCUCAGACACUGAAAAAUAUCACUUUAAUUCAAGGGCCACCUGGACCCCCAGGUGAAAAAGGAGAUAGAGGCUUCAUUGGAGAAACUGGUCCACCAGGCCUUCCAGGUCCAAUAGGUCCUCCAGGUCUUAAAGGUGAUCGUGGAUCAAUUGGCUUUCCUGGAAGUCGAGGAUUCAUAGGACCAGCAGGAAAGACUGGGAGGCCAGGAAAUCCUGGACAAAAAGGCCAGAAAGGAGAAAAAGGGAGUAGAAGCAUGGCAUGACCGGUAUCACUCCCUGAUCAUAUUAGGGCAGGACCCUUUUAAGAUCAGGUGGGUUGACGGGACACCUUCUGCUACCAUCUCCUUAAAAGGCCCUUCAGCUCUGGACAAGUCACCACUACAGCUGACUCCAAGAUCCCUUUGUGGCUCCUCCAAACGACUUUGGUUCCCGCGUGGUGCCCAGCUUCCUCACGGCUUCCUCUCCUGGUCCUGGGUGCUGUUUGGGCCUCUGUUAUGAACAUAAGCUCAUACCUCUCCCCACUCUAGUAUCCCACCGUCGCUACCAUCCCCUAGCAUCCCUAACUGGUAUCCCUUCCAUUGUACUGACUGGCAUGUUUUCCAACCGGCCCUCAGCGCCAGGCAAGGAAUCCUCUGCCACCCACUCAUCUAGUGCUUGCGAACCAAUUUUGCCCAUUGGGUUCUAAGAGAAAUCCCAUGGGUACGGACUAAGUGUGGGUUCUUUACUUUCAAAAACAUGCCUCAGCCAGCAAUAGGGAUAACAUAAAAGAAAAUCCAUUCAUUCAUUCAUUCAUUCAUUCAUUCAUUCAACGUAUGUUUAUCCUAUACCUCCUGGAGCUGAACUUCACAGCUAAUAAGUUUGCUGUUGUAUCUGGCCUUACUGAGCUAAUUAUUCCUGAAAGAGACCUGUGAAUAGGAAUUAGAAAAUACAGUGGAACUGUAUUGGAGGAAGAACAGGGCUCUAUAGGAGUUUAGAGGAGAUCAGGAUUGUUUAAUUCCUUAGGAUAUUAAAAAGAUAAAUUGAUUUUGAUUUGCUUAGUGUACCUUCUUGUCUUCUUACCAAAUUACAGCAUUUUUUUUUCAAGUUUUAUAGUGAGGUAACAGUUCAUUCAACACAUUUGAAUAAAAAACAAAACUUGUUUUCUUAAAUUACCUGGCCAUUUCAAGUAAGAAUUUUUUUGUCAUUAAAAAAUAAUGCUGAUAAUUUUUUUUUUAAUUCUCAAAAGCUCUUUAUAUCUUGUGCUAUAAAUAUCCAAUAUAGAUCCUGGAGAAAAGAAAUAUUUCAGUAGAACUGGAAAUAUUUUGUGUAGGUGAAGAAAGGGCUAAAAAUGAGAAAGGAGGAAAGGUUAGAAAAGGAUGAUCAAGAAAAAAGAAUAGGAAAUAUGUGAGAUUCCGUGUCAUUCUUGACUCUAUUAAUAGGUCACAUUUUCACAACUCCUCCUUCCUUCAAGGUUUAACACAUAGUCCCAGGAUUCACAGCAUUAGGAUCUAGUAGAAUUCUGAGUAGUGUGCCUGUAUGUAUCUCACCACUUCCACUCCCUUCCCUACGAAAUGGACGUCUGAACACCUACCUCACAGGGUUGUUGUGAGGAUCACAUGAGACACCGUGUGUGUAUAGGUGCUCUAUAUAAUGAUAAAGUGCUUUAAAUACAUAAGGUAUAGUUCACAGUGCUCUCUUCUGAACUGAUUGCUAUUCCUUGUUGGUAUAAUGUAGACAUUUCAAAUCUGUAAUUAGAAGGAGUGAAAGCAAAAUGAAAAUUCAAGAAGCCAAAGAAAUGUCAUGGACAGAAAGAGAGAUGCUAAAAAAUAAGAUAAGAUUUCACAUUAGAUAGAGCAAUGCAGGUGUGACCAGAUCACAAAUCAAGGAGUUUGAGCCAAGCAGAAGAGCGUAAAUUAUAAAUAAAAACAGCAACUAACCUGAGUGCAUGCAAGGGGCCAGAGGCUGUCAGUAGAGGUCAGAAAAAAAUGUCAGGCUCAUAAAACAAUAGUCCAGGCUCUGAAAGACAAAGCAUGAGCUCAAGACACUGCUGAUGAGAAAGAUGCUGAAGUGUUGAAAUAAAUCAGGGUUGUCAGUGGUGCUCUGGGUCUGGGCCUACAUGACACCAAAGUCUCAGAGCGUAGGAGUGGGAGAAGGAAGACGAGGGGAGAAAUUCACCAAUUGUCAGGAUAGUCCUAAAUAUUACUAGCCAGUUGGUACAAACAUCUGAAAGUAGUUGGAUCUCUUUGUCCGUGGUUUAGUUGGACAGGACCUCCUCCCCUGCUCUGCACUGGGUAGCAGGUAGAGCCUGAGCAGCCUAUUCACUAGCCUUGGUCCAUAUUGGCCACAGAAUGGCUCAGAUCCCAGAGCUCCCGGGAGACAAUCCCAGGGGGUUCCAUUCAUAAGUUAUGUGACACCUCCAGCUACAAAUAGAUUCUUAGUGUGUGGAAUGCUCAUCUGAAUCUUCCAAAUUAGGGGAGAAGGGCUUCUCCUUUUCAGACAAAAGUAGAUGCUAAAUGCCCAGUUCAAAUGCACAAAUUAUACCAACUUUAACAAUGUCUAAUGAAAAGAAAGCAAAUCUGAACCAAGCUCUAAUGCUAGUCACAUGGUUUGUCUGCUAUGUUCUCACCCUGACUUGUAAGGCUAUGUGUUUCAGGCAAGCGAAAGAAUUCCUGCCAUAAAAUUAAACACUGUGUGAGGCUCUGUCCUAAACAUACCUAUUACUAAGAUGUGGGUUGAUAGUAUGUUUUUCUGUGUUUCACUCAUGCCCAUGAGACUAUAACUGGGAUGUGACUUUGGAUUAUCUUAUUUUGAAACUCAUACAGUGAUAUGAAUCGUCAACUUGUCUUUCACUUGAUGUCUACUGAGGACUCAAUUCAAACAUAAAUGAAUUCUGGUCUUUCUCAAAGUAUUCAAGUGACCAAAGUAAACCUUCUUCUCCAGUCACUAAAUAAUUAUAAUAAUGAGCAUUUAGAGAACAUUUGAUGUGCACCAGGAGCUUUUGGUACAUUAUCUCACUUAAUCCUCAGAAGGGUGUUUGAGGUAAGUACUAUUAUUAUUCCCAUUUUAUAGAUUAGCAGCUGACGCUUCCACUGCUAAUAAGUGGAAGGCAGAAACUCAAAGCCAAGUCUAUCAAUCUCCAAAGUCCCUGUUUGUAACUACAACUCCAUUCAACAUUCCCACACUGGUUUUAUGUAUCCUUUCAUGUCAAUACCACACAUAUAUAUUAUGGAGGGUAUGGAGAAAGGAAGGAGGAAGAGAGACAGGUUGGUCAUGAGUGUAGUUUUCCAGAAUGGGCUUAAUAAUUUGAAGACCUAAAGGGGAUAAAAAUUCAUACAGCAUGACUUCCAUUAGGUCCACUUCCAACAAGCACCCUCUUUAUUUGUGUAUGUUUCCAUUUUCAUCUACUCCUCCACCCAUUUUCUGCAGUUUCUCCCCAAGAAUAUUACCGAGAAAUACAGUCUUCUGGGAUGCGCACAGUGCUUCCAUUAUCAGCAGUGAGAGUUAUGUGUGGGAGAAGGAGCCACCUGUUACUAUUCUAUCUUUAUUUCAGUUACUGGCUCAAUUUUAACAUUUUCCAAUAUAAUUUGGCUGCUUUGAUGUCCCUGUUUUAUUGAGUCUCCUUUCCAUCUCCUCACUUUUCUCCGUAGACACAGUUAUGACUUAGCACAGCAGAGUGUACCUGAAUAGCAAUGGCGCCAGGUCACUCAGACAGGUGCUGCCCAUUCUCCACAGUGAUGGAAUGUUUAAAGCUUUAUGUGAUUCCACAGAUUGUUGCUAAACACGUAAGUGUUCCAUUAGCACAAAAGACACGUUCCCGGAUGGUGUGUGUAACUAAUCCGUUUUGUAAGGGGAAAUAGAGAUUUCAAUCAGUAAUGGAUCCAGAAGUUAGCACUUGUCCUGUU